AUGGCAUAUGACACCCGUCGGAAGCAGAAGCUGCUCCUCACCCAGCUGCGGGUGCUGCGCCUGCUCCUAGGGGUGAUCGAGAACCCGGGGCCCCCCUCGGCCCCCCCCCCACUCCGCGAGGCGGGGGCGCAGGCGCGAGGGCGCUGGCGGGAGCUGAAGGAGGGAAAGAGGAGCUCGAGGCGAAGGUGCGUGAGGCCGCGGGGCGACGGGAGCAGCUGCGGCAGCGGGUGGAGCAGCGGCGGCGGGAGCAGCUGGGCCGGCAGGGGGCGCUGCGGCGCCAGGAGGGGGCGGUCCAGAGGGCGGGUGCUGGGUGUCGCCUCUACCAGACGCUGUCGGGGGUCCGGGUGCUGCCCCCACCCCCCACCGCGGGGUGCCAGGAGGUGGAGCUGGAGUUGGGGCCCCCCCCGGGGCUCCCCGAAAACUUCCCAACCCUUCGCCUGCGCCGCAGCGCUGGGGGGGGGCCUCCGCUUCCUGACUCCGCCCCCUCCCCUGCCCCCCCCGCUGGGCCCGGGGCUGCUGGAGCUGCAGGGGCGCUGCUGGGAAGGGCGCCCCCUGUGGGCCGAAGUGGAACAGCUCCAGCGCAGGUUUGCCCUGGACUGGGAGCCGGAACUGGGACGCCUGCGGGUGCUGGGGGGUCCUCGGGGUUCCGAAAUUGUCUGGACCUUGGAAUUGGAAGCGGGUUAUCCUCGGGCUGGGGGGGGGUGUUCGCCUCCUGCCCCCCCCUGCGGGGGUCCCCGCUAUUUCUCCGCCCUCGGCCUCCCCGACGCUGACAGAGUGGCUGGAGCUGCUGGUGGGGACCCCCAAGUGACCCCCCCCCCCCCAAAAACCCCACCCUCUCGGUGUCUGAGCCCCACUGAAAAUGGGGGGGGUCCCCACCCCCCCCAAUAAACUUGUUGCACCCCCACUUUGCUCCCCUCCCUUUGUGUCAGCUGGAACACCCCCCCCCCCCCCCCAAAAAAAAAGGGGG